AUGGGUAAUUUUUUCAGUGAUCUGCUGGGUAUCGAAGCGGCUAGUGAUAAUUUUUCCAAUGCUAUCGUAGCAGCGGAAGUAGAUGCAUCUAGACAGUUACGUUAUGUCUUGCUUAUGGCUCUCAAAUAUGUUAGGUCGUUCACCCCGAUCAUCGUUUUGACCAUGAUUUCUCUAAUUGUUCUCUUGCUGGCCAGUAUUUUAUUCACAUUGAAUCGAUUAUUUAUUGAUCUCGAAGUGAAUCUCACGAUUCGUCGAUAUAUCGCGUAUGGAAUAGCAAUUCUUCUAUAUGUCUGGUUUACCGGUGCUCAAAUUGUAGCAGCAGUUAAACAGAAGAGUGCGACUUCUAUUUUUAUUGUCAUAAUGGCUUGCCUGGGCCUGGUGGUUAUUAUAGCUAUUUCUAUCGAGUCCAUCCGUAGAUCGACCAAGAAUAAUCAAUGGAACUCAGAUUCUGAAAACGAACUGCUUCCGACUAAAGGCAGUACAGCGGAUUAUUCCCGAUCAAAAACAGAUUACACCAAACUAUCAGAUGAGAAAAAUUGA